UUUUUAUCAUGUUGCAAUAAAAGUGGUCUACUGCAUCUGUCUAAUGGACCAAUAAUAUUCAUUUAUGAUGUCAUGCGCCUCUGUUGAUUUCAUAUUUAUAUUAUAACUCGUCUAUAUACGGGGGACGUCCUUGGUCUUUCAAAUUCUAUUUUAUAUGUUUUUGUCGAUAAAGCAACUGAAGUUUAAUAGGAUACAAGUGGAUUUUGAUAAUAUCAAUGAUAGCUGCAACAAGUGUAGUCAGUGUCACCGUAUAGUUAUAGUACACCAGCUGGCACUGUAGAUAUCUAUUCACAACGAAACGGAACAGUUUUUAUCUUUCAAUUCCGUCAUGACUUGUACGAAAUGCUGAAAAUAUUCUAAUGCCUCGAACUGGAGUGGUUUCGACCUUUUCUGGCUUUAUCGCAAAGGACCUCAACACGAUAUACUUCGUGUUCUUAGAACUUUUUCGACUAAAAAAUAGAAAGUUUCAUAUAUUAUGAACCUUUGGAUUCUAAUUUCUUCAUUCUUCCUGCUGAUUUGCCAUGUAAUUUCAAUAGAAGGGAAUCAUUUUGUAAAUGAAUGGGCCGUGGAAAUUCCUGGUGGAAUACGACAAGCUCGGGAUGUUGCUAAAUCUCAUGGAUAUGAAAUCGUUAAGGAAAUAAAGCCAUUUGAGGACCACUACUUGUUACGUCAUCGCGAUGUGCCGAUUAGAUCCAAGCGUGGGGCUCACCACCACACCAGACGUCUAGAAAAGGAUGGUCGCGUGAAAUGGUCGGAUCAACAAGUGGAAAGAAUUCGAAAUAAAAGAGGUAUCGUCACCUCUGACGUGGAAGCGAGGGCAUAUAAGAGUUUAGAUUUCAGCGAUCCUUUAUGGAACAAGGAGUGGUAUUUGCAUGACACUCGUACCGAUCUCAGUCUUCCGAAACUCGAUUUGCAUGUGGUUCCAGUUUGGGCGAAAGGGAUUACGGGAAAGGGUGUUGUCGUCUGCGUUUUGGAUGACGGUCUUGAAAAGAAUCACACAGAUAUUGCUGCAAACUAUGACCCAUACGCAAGUUACGAUUUGAACGAUGAGGAUCACGACCCACAACCUCGAUAUGAUCCUUCCGACGAAAACAAACACGGUACUAGAUGUGCUGGUGAAAUUGCCAUGGUAGCAAAUAACAGCAAAUGUGGAGUUGGUGUUGCAUACAACUCAAGGAUUGGAGGAGUCCGAAUGUUGGAUGGUCGCGUCACAGACCAUUUGGAGGCAUCCGCCAUUGCUUUCAACCAUACUUACGUUGACGUAUACAGCGCCUCCUGGGGGCCGAACGAUGAUGGGAAAACGGUAGAAGGUCCAGGUCAGCUUGCCAUGAAGGCUUUUGAAAAGGGAAUCAAAGAGGGGCGAGGAGGAAAGGGAGUGAUAUACGCCUGGGCCUCCGGUAAUGGAGGUCGCCUGGGAGACAACUGUGACUGUGAUGGGUACACAGGAAGUAUCUAUACGAUCUCUAUCAACAGCGCGUCACAGCACCUCCACACUCCCUGGUAUGCAGAGAAAUGUGCGUCAACAAUUGCAUCAGCAUACUCUAGUGGUGCUUACAACGACCAGAGAAUAGCAAGUGCAGAUUUACAUGGAAGAUGCACAACUCAGCACACGGGAACGUCUGCCGCUGCACCCCUAGCUGCAGGAAUAUUUGCUCUAGUUCUCGAAGCUAAUCCUAAUUUAACAUGGCGAGAUAUGCAACAUCUCAUCACAUGGACAGCGGAAUAUUCCGCUCUAAAGGAUAAUGCAGGCUGGAGGAAAAACGGUGCUGGUUUCUGGGUCAACAAUGCGUUUGGAUUUGGGCUUCUCAAUGCCAAAGCCAUGGUUGAGGUGUCUCAAGGCUGGGUUACAGUUCCUGAAAAAGUCAUCUGUGAAGUGGGAACACAGACAAGUUUAAAGAACUUUCCACAAUCAAUCCACAGUGGACAAGAAUUAGAAAUAGAACUUCGAACAACGGGAUGCAGAGGUCAAAGCAAUGAGGUUAACUUCCUAGAACAUGUGCAAAUUGAAUUAGAUAUGGAGUACUCAAAACGUGGGGAUUUAGCCAUCAAUCUUACAUCAGCGAUGGGGAUUGAAACUAUGAUGCUUCAGGAAAGGCCAUUGGAUGCGUCAAGCGACGGGUUCCACAAGUGGAAAUUUAUGUCAGUGCACUCCUGGGGCGAGAACCCAGCGGGGACCUGGAAGGUUAAAGUUAGAGACAUGAAAGGAUCCGGUAACAGAGGAACAAUAAAGUCGGCUCGGUUACUUUUGCAUGGAUCGAAAGAUAUUCCACAUCACGUAUCACAGGGCAAAGGUCACAGAGUAUACAACAAUGAGUACAACAAGGUUAAGGAUGAGCGAGAUGUAAGAUAUCAAAUUUAUUCAAACCGUUCAAAUGUUAUUAAAUUUACAAAAUCAAUUCUGCAAAGAACCCUAUAAUUUAAAAUCCAUGGGGUAAAAUCUCUGUUGUUUUGAGAGAGAAAAUUGUUUUUGAUUUCGUCCAUGAUGACUGUUGUUCUUAAUCAUGGCAAUUCGCUCUCUUUUGGUUUGGGAUUUGAAUUUGUUGGCUUAUCCGUCUGACAAAAACUUUGAUAGUUUGACCCCAUAAAUAUGUUUCAUUUCACAGUACUGUGCGUAAUGUGCGAUUUGUUUAGAUGUUUACAAUACUAAUCAAAGAAUAUCACACACGGAAACCUUUUGAAUCCUGCCUAUUCUUAUUGUCAUUACUUGUUUUUAUUCAUAAACAAACAAAAUUAGCUCUGUCCGAGGUCCAUUAUAGUGAAAUAACGGAGAUUUAUAUUCCAAGUCUCAACUUGCCGAUACCAUGCACUGGUGGUCGACAUUUGACUGGUAUCAGGUAGUUUCGGAGACAAGCAGUACCAAUAUAUAUAUGUGUGUGUGUAUGGUGUAUUACAAGUAACAUUUUCAGUGAUACGUUCUUUGUCGAUGCUUUUUAAGGAGUCGUAUGAUCAGGUAUUUAAUUGCUUUCCCCAGACCGGCCCCGGCUGUACAUGUUGUUAUAGUGAUGUUAUUGUAGUUAUUUGUAUUUUGAAUAUUAAGGUCUCAGAAUACAUGGUAUGUAUGAACCAGCAAGAAAAUAAGAAUUGUAGCACUUAGCACAUAUAAAAAUCGUAAUUUUAGCACUCGUAGCAUGUAUUGUAAUAAAGAAUUAGUAUUUGGCACUUAAAAAAUCAAGAUUAUAGCACUUGGCACGUAUGCUACCAAAACAAAGGCAGGGUUGUAGCUUGGGGUGCAGCACCCAGCACGAAAACACACACACUUUUCUAAAGUAUAUAUGCCGAUUAGACCUUAAACACUUUUGAUAUAGCAUACAAUUAUACAAAAAUCCAGAUCGUACAUAUGUAGAAGAAAUAAAUUUCAGUUUUAUAAAACAUUUUGGCAUAAAUUGCAACACUUAUACUGGCGUGAAGCAUGUACAUGUAGUUCAUACCCUAUUGUAUUUUCAAAAAUGAAAUGCAUUUCUUAUAUACUUGCAUUUCCAAUGUGUUUUCCUCAGAUACCUACAAAUUGUAAUGAUAUCAAUUUCCUCGUGAUCAAUGCGUAUAUGAAUCUAGAUAGAUAUACUACGUCGAUUGACUUGGAAUUUCAACAGAAAGUACAUUGUAUACUGUAAAUACAAAAAAAAAAAGUUUUGAAAAUACAUGAGGUCAUAAACUGCAAUGCAUCACGCCGGUGUAACAGUAGAUAAUGACCCUGUUGAAAAAUGCCAUUCUUUUAAUGUUGAAAUAUCACCCCUACUACAUGACUGAGAGAAACAUUGUGUAUAUUUGGGGUCAUUUUUCAAUGUUAAUAUAUGACCCUGCCACUUGUCCGAGAUGUGAACUGUACAGGAAACAUUUUGAAAAUUGAGGGUUAUUUUUCAAUGCUGUUGACUCCACCAGAAAUGAUCUCUAAGAGUAAUUUUUAAGAAGGAUCAAAAUUUCAAGCUUGGAAAGGUCGUUAAUUAACGGUCUGGGUCAAUUUUCAACCAUUGAAAAUUUAUCAAACAUCCGUUGAAAAAUUACCCCUGGGGUCGUUUUUCAACCGGGUCACUAUUUAAAGUUACAUCAGCAUACGUUUCACGAAGCACAUUAAAAUGUCAUGCGUGUAGAUUACUGUGCUGUUAUGUACAAUGUAGCAACUGUAAACUACACACAUGCAUAGAAGGCGUGUCGAGAUGAGUAAAUUUGAUGUGGACAUACUGUAAUCAGCACUAAGUGUAAAAUUCUAUACAAUAUAUACAUAGAAGGCGUGUCGAGAUGAGUAAAUUUGAUGUGUACAUACUGCAAUCAGCGCUAAGUGUAAAAUUCUAUACAAUAUAUACAUAGAAGGCGUGUCGAGAUGAGUAAAUUUGAUGUGUACAUACUGCAAUCAGCACGAAGUGUAAAAUUCUAUACAAUAUAUACAUAGAAGGCGUGUCGAGGUCAGUAAAUUUGAUGUGUACAUACUGCAAUGAGCACUAAGUGUAAAAUUCUAUACAAUAUAUACAUAGAAGGCGUGUCGAGGUCAGUAAAUUUGAUGUGUACAUGCUGCAAUCAGCACGAAGUGUAAAAUUCUAUACAUGUACAAUAUAUACAUAGAAGGCGUGUCGAGAUGAGUAAAUUUGAAGUGUACAUACUGCAAUCAGCACUAAGUGUAAAAUUCUAUACAAUAUAUACAUAGAAGGCGUGUCGAGAUGAGUAAAUUUGAUGUGUACAUACAUGUACUGCAAUCAGCACGAAGUGUAAAAUUCCAUACAAUAUACACUAUAUGUAUACAUAGAAGGCGUGUCGAGAUCAGUAAAUUUGAAGUGUACAUACUGCAAUCAGCACUAAGUGUAAAAUUCUACACUAUAGAUAUACAUGUACAUUGUACUUAAUACUCAAUCAAUAUAUAAACGAAGAAUUAAUAAGAUGCGUUUUGGAAUCCGCUUUCUUUGUUUAUCGAUGAUUUACAUGAUCAUCUUUUCUUUUUUUAACUACGACAGUCAUACCAAUAAUGAUCUAUGAUAAUGUAACUAUAUCGCUUUUCAAUCUGGACUGCCAUCAAGAUCCAAUAAGGCUGGUUAGCUGUACGAAAUUGAACGCUAAUCUACAUAGCCCUGGUCGACUUGGUGGAUAGUGGGGUGGGGGUGGGAGGAGCGAGUAGUCAAUAAUGAUAUGGUAGGUAUAGGUACACUAUACCAAAUCCAUAGUGGCUUCACUUUGAUAUUUGCUAUUGAUUUCUUCAUACAUUCCCGCUUCUAAAUAGUCUUUAUUAUUAACUAGUUUUUAUUUUUAUGCUUAGGUUUGAAAUUUCAUCAAGCGGUGGAGUGAGCAAUAUUUUCAAUACAUGUACAUGUAUCUUUAUGCAGGACUUACUAUUUUGUAGCAGCUAGCGUAGGAUCUUGAAGGCAGUCCAAGUCGCUUAAUAACAACCCUUGCACUUAUAUCCAAAUUAUAUAGAUACAUGUAUACCGUUUCAAUAUCACUAUAUUAUUUAUAAAUGUUUGUGUAUAUGCAUUUUAUCUUAUUUUGUGCAUUAUUUAUGUAUAUGGUGUGUGUAUUGUGGUUUGUGUUGUAUUGUUUUUGUUCUGGAUUACACACGGAAGUCUAUAUAUACAUGUAUGUAGAGUGCAUCUUUCAAAAAUGUACAGUUAUCUAAAGUAUGAUCAGAUAGUCUCAUAUCAUUUCGUUGCAUCAAAUAUUCACAGUAGUGAAGCAGAAAAUUUCAUUAACGAAGUUCAUUGCUCUUUGUCAUUGACUGUGAAAAAUAAGAUGAAUGAUAUGAAAAUGUGAAUGACAUAUCAAAUAUAUAUCAGUGGUUCUGAAUGAAUGCGCUGUCAUUGCAGUUUUUUCUCGCCUUAAUUAAGUACCUUGUAACUGAUGAAGUUGUGCACUUAAUCAACAUUUUACACUAACUUUUUUUUUCUUUUCAGGAACGUCGCAAAAUGGUGAAAAACCUGAAACAUCUAUUGCAGUCUCUGUUGUAGUAGCAGGCCGGGGAACUUGUUAAUGUUUGAAGAAAUACAAUUUUAAAAAAUG